AGCGUGAUCAAGAUCAUUUUACAGUUUUGCAAGGAGAACUCGCUGGCGGAGUCGUUCAACGCAAUCCAGAAUGAGUGCCAAGUGUCGCUCAACACGGUGGACAGUAUCGAGAGCUUUGUGUCCGACAUCAACAAUGGGCGGUGGGACCUGGUGCUACCGCAAGUGGCUAACCUGAAGCUGCCUCGUGCCAAGCUGGAGGACCUGUACGAGCAGGUGGUGCUGGAGCUGAUUGAGCUGCGUGAGACAGACACGGCACGCGCCAUGCUGCGCCAGACCCAGGUGUUUGCCCGCAUGAAGGGCGACGACGCGGAGCGCUACCUGCGCCUGGAGCACCUGUGCAACCGCGCCUACUUUGAUGCGCGGGAGCUGUAUGGCGGCACGCCCCGCGACAAGCGGCGCGCCCAGCUGGCGCACUCGCUGAGCAGCGAGGUCAGCACGGUGCCACCAUCGCGGCUCAUGGCGCUGGUAGGCCAGGCGCUCAAGUGGCAGCAGCAGCAGGGCAUGCUCCCGCCGGGGGCCGCCUUUGAUCUGUUCCGCGGCACGGCAGCAGGGGCGCGGGACGAGGUGGAGACCUUCCCCGCCGACCUCGACCGACAGAUCAAGUUUGGGGUCAAGAGCCACGCAGAAUGCGCCGCCUUCUCGCCCGACGGCCAGCUGCUGGUCACCGGCAGCGUGGACGGCUUUGUGGAGGUGUGGGAUCACCUGACCGGGCGGCUGAAGCUGGACCUGCCAUACCAGGCGGAGGAGCAGUUCAUGCUGCACGACUCCGCCGUGCUGGCCGCCGCCUUCUCCCGCGACAGCGAGCUGCUGGCCACCGGCGACCAGGACGGGCGGGUCAAGGUGUGGCGCGUGCGCACGGGGCAGUGCCUGCGCCGCUUCGACUCGGCGCACUCCCAGGGCGUCACCUCGCUGGCCUUCUCGCGCGACGGCACCCACGUGCUGUCCGCCUCGUACGACACGCUCGUCAGGGUGCACGGCAUCAAGAGCGGCAGGAUGCUCAAGGAGUUCCGCGGCCACAGCUCCUUUGUCAAUGCCGCCGUCUACUCGGCAGACGGCACGCAGGUGGUGAGCGCGGGGGCGGAUGCCACGGUGCGCGUGUGGGACGCCAAGACCUGCGACUGCACCUUUGUCUUCCGCCCGCCCCAGGCCAGCGCCACCGCCGAGGCGCCGGUGGUGGGCGUGGCGCUCAACCCCCAGAAUGUGGACCAGGUGCUGGUGGCCACGCGCUCCCCAUCCCUCUACCUCAUGACGCUGCAGGGACAGGUUGUGAAGAGCUUCCAGUCGGGCAAGAAGUCGGGCGGCGACUUCCUGGCGUUCACGCUGUCGCCGCGCGGCGAGUGGGCCUACUGCCUGGGCGAGGACGGCGUGCUCUACUGCUUGUCCAUGGCGGCCGGCAAGCUGGAGCACCUGAUGCAGGCCAGUCACAAGAAGGACCCCAUUGGCUUGGCGCACCACCCGCACCGCAACCUGCUGGCAACCUUUGCAGCGGAUGGCACGCUUAAGACGUGGAAACCUUGA